AUGAGACCAGACUUCGCAGUCGUGCUAUUCACACUCCUCACGUCGACGAUCGCGUCGGCCACCGAUGCACCCCGUCGCAUAGAACGCAGCGACAUAGAGGGCCCCGAGUCUGGGAAAGCCCCUUGUUAUGGGCAAGGCUGUUGUUAUAGGCAAGACUGCUCUAAACACCCGCUUUACAAGCGCCGUGGCGGCGGCGGUGGUGGAGGCCGCGGAGGUUCCAGCGGCGGAGGUUCAAGAGGAUCAUCUGGCAGCGGCAGCAGAGGUGGGAGUUCCCGUGGAAGCAGUGGAAGCGGCAGCAGUCGCGGAAGCAGCAGUAGUGGUAGUGGUUCAAGAGGCUCAUCAUCUCGUCCAGGUUCCUCAUCAGGCAGCGGUGGCUCCCGCAGCUCCGGCGGCGGCGGCUCUCGCGGCGUGGGUCCGCAGCCCAGCUUCGCGGGCGGCCGAUACUACCCCGGUGGUUCUUCAAAACCUUACAGGUCCGGCGUCUCAAGUCCCGGAAGAAUUGCCCCCUUCGCUCUAGGUGGUGCAGCUCUGGCAUUCUGGCCUGGCGUUUGGCUCUACGGUGCAUACAUGUAUCCUUACUCGCAUCCCUACCAUUACCACAACGACACCAGCGAUGAGGAUGAAGAGCGCGACGUCCUCUGUGGAUGCUCGCGAUAUGAGUAUUGUGCGUGCGACGACAACAACAGCACCCAAUACUUCGACGAACUCAUCGGAAACGGAAGCUACGACGCACUUAACAAGUCCAUCGUCAAUGUUGCAGAGGUCAACGGCACAAUGACAAUCCUCAUCAACGGAACUCUGCCCAACGACACAGCCCUCCCCGACGAGGAUGCAUCAGAGAAUGGAGCAUUGUCAAGACGGCAAUUCCCAUCAUUCCACCAUGCUGAUAAUGUCGGCAAGGGUAUCAUGGGGAUGAUCAUCGCGGCAAUAGUAAUGAGUGCCAUCUAG